UUUAAUAAAUAAUUACCGAUAUUUUUAACGAGUAAAUGCUCUAUGUAAUUUUCUGUUUAUUUAGUAAUUAUUUGCUGUUAUCAGCCUAAUUUUCAAUGUUGCCAUAGUUUAUCGGGAGCCCGAGCAAAACCAGCGAAUGUCACUCAGACUCGAACCUUAGAAGAAUUGGUGAUUGCAAAUAUGCCUAGUUUGUGAGAAGUUUGAAGAAAAACUGUAAAUUUGUGUUAAAUAUGAAUACUGCGCGGCCUUGUGGCUGCAAGGGCUGUAGAACAUGCCUUCAUUGUGAAGCCCUUUUCGGUAUAUCGUUUGACAAAGAAAAUAUCAAGAAUGGCACAGAAAACAAGCAAGUUUACUGUCCAUUUUGCAACCUGUGCUAUCCAGGAAAGAGCGUAGAUUCAUAUAAAUCCCAUCCCAAUCACGAGGGAACGCCUACGAGGUAUGAGGGAAUUUACAUUGAGAUGAAUUUCCUGAGCGACAGUGAACACGAUCAGCUAAUGCAAGGCAUCGACUCAAUGGCCUGGGACUUGUCCCAGAGUGGCAGAAGGAAGCAGAAUUUCGGCCCUAAAUGCAAUUUUAAGGCCCGCAAAUUACGGCUGGGAAAGUUCCAAGGAUUUCCAAAGUUCACCAGGUUUGUGCAGGAAAAAUUUGAGGAUGUUCCCAUACUGCAAGGCUUCCAGACCAUCGAACAGUGUUCGUUGGAAUACGACCCAGCCAGAGGCUCUUCAAUCGAUCCGCAUGUGGACGACUGUUGGGUUUGGGGCGAACGGAUUGUUACAGUGAACCUUUUAAGCGAUUCAGUGCUUACACUCACACCAAAUCAGUAUCCUACACGGUAUAAUUUGGAUCUAGUUGGAACUUAUCCAAAAGUAGUGCAACAUUCUGUUAAACUUGAGACGAACAGGAGUGAUCAAAGUGUGGAAGCAUGUGUAGAAGAUACUGUUCUUGUGCCCAUGCCAAAAAAUUCCCUGCUAGUUAUGUACGGAAGUGCCAGAUACGACUACGAACACAGAAUUUUAAGGGAAGAUAUCACUGAAAGGCGAGUUUGUUUAGCUUAUAGGGAGUUUACACCCAUUUACUUGGAAGGGGGGCAGUUCUACGAGGAAGGUAAAUUAGUUACUAAGAUUUCUAAGGAGUUCUUCGACGUCUAGUGAGUAGUUUCAAUAAAUGUUGUAUAUUGCC